UGUGCAGCUCCAGCAAUUGCUCUGGCCGGCUGGGUCUCUCUCUCCCUCUCUCCUCCUCCCCCCCAUCCCUCCCUCUCUCUCUCCUCCUGCCUGAAGAAGGGAGCGAGGGCUGCGACUGGCGGAGGAGGCUUGCGAGAGGGUUAAUGCUCUCCGCCAGGCAGGGAAGGUUAGCAGAGGGAUCAAUGUGAUUAAGGCGGUAGGAGAGGAAAGAUGCGCCUGCUGCCUGGCUGCGGUGGCUGAAGGGUGGUGCGCGGGGAGCCGCCUGCCUGCUUGCCGCAGAGAAAGGGCCGGAUAUGACCAGGAACGGUCCUCUGCCUUUGCUGGAGGGCGGCUUCACCUGUGGACCUGCUCCUGCCAACCUGCCAGCCUCUACCUGGGCCAGGAAGGAGGACCCACCUGAGGUGCCCGCGGCCGCCUCCCUUUCGCCCCGAGCUGCAUCUCCGUGCCAGAGAAAGGCAGAGUCCGCGGCGAAGAGACGCUGAAGGCGAGGCGGGCAGCGCGUUGGCUGGAAGGGCACCGAGGCAGGAGCAGGGCUGGUCCCCUCUUGGCUGGCUGCGGGAGAGGAAGCGGGCGGCGAGCGGAGCCCAGACGUGGCUGGGAGGCGAGCAAGGCGCAGGGCAUGUGGAGGCUGGCCGCCCUCUUGUUCCAGAGCAUCUUGAAUGUUUUUGGUGAAGAUCUACAUGCCAGCUUAUAUUUUGUCAAUGCAUCUUUGCAAGAGGUAGUGUUUGCUAGCACCACGGGGACAUUGGUACCCUGUCCAGCAGCAGGAAUCCCCCCUGUGACGCUCAGAUGGUACCUAGCAACGGGCGAGGAGAUCUACGAUGUCCCAGGGAUCCGCCACGUCCACCCUAAUGGCACUCUCCAAAUUUUCCCUUUCCCUCCUUCAAGCUUUAAUAACUUAAUCCAUGAUAACACUUACUAUUGCACAGCUGAAAAUCCUUCAGGGAAAAUCAGAAGUCAGGAUGUUCACAUUAAGGCCGUUUUACGGGAACCAUAUACAGUCCGUGUGGAGGACCAGAAAGCCAUGAGAGGCAAUGUAGCGGUCUUCAAGUGCAUUAUCCCCUCCUCUGUGGAGGCCUACAUCACUGUUGUCUCAUGGGAGAAAGACACAGUCUCACUUGUCUCAGGAUCUAGAUUUCUCAUCACAUCCACGGGAGCCUUGUAUAUUAUAGAUGUACAGAAUGAAGAUGGAUUGUAUAAUUACCGAUGUAUCACUCGGCACAGAUACACUGGAGAAACACGUCAGAGCAACAGUGCUAGACUUUUUGUAUCAGACCCAGCAAACUCGGCUCCAUCUAUUCUGGAUGGAUUUGAACAUCGUAAAGCCAUGGCAGGACAGCAAGUGGAGCUGCCUUGCAAAGCAUCUGGACACCCAGCACCAAAGUAUCGCUGGCUGAAGGACAAUGUUCCCUGGGAACCUGACAGCCGGUUCCGGCCAAUGGUGACAGGCCUUCUGAUAGAAAAUACACGUCCAUCAGACUCAGGCAACUAUGUGUGUGAAGUCUGGAACAGUUACGGUACAGCUGAAGUGAUAGGCCGUUUGCAUGUAAAACAGCCUCUAAAAGCCACCAUCAGUCCUCGGAAAGUUAAGAGCAGCGUUGGUAGUCGAGUGUCCUUGUCCUGCAGUGUGUCUGGAACAGAUGACCAUGAACUCUUCUGGUAUCGAAAUGGAGAAAUCAUUAAUACUGGCAAUAAUGUGAGAAUCAUUGGGGUCAAUCAUGAGACUCUUAUUAUGGAUGGCAUGUCCAAAAGUGAUGGCGGGGCAUACCAAUGUUUUGUACGCAAAGACAAGAUGUCUGCACAAGACUAUGUUCAAGUGGUGCUAGAAGAUACCUUUCCUUCUACAGAUGGAACUCCUAAAAUAAUUUCAGCCUUCAGUGAGAAAGUAGUAAGCCCAGGAGAGGGUGUAUCUUUGAUGUGCAACGUGAAAGGAACUCCUCUUCCUACCAUCACAUGGACUUUGGAUGAAAAUCCCAUCAUUAAAGAUGGGAACCACCGUAUUAGUCAGAUCAUCACCUCUGAGGGGAAUGUAGUCAGCUACCUAAACAUCUCCAGUACUCAGGUCCGAGAUGGCGGAGUAUAUCGUUGUACUGCCAACAACUCAGCUGGAGUCGUCCUCUACCAGGCUCGAAUAAACGUAAGAGGACCAGCCAGCAUUCGGCCAAUGAAAAACAUUACAGCAAUAGCAGGGCGGGAUACCUUCAUUCACUGUCGUGUCAUUGGUUACCCUUAUUACUCAAUCAAGUGGUAUAAGAAUUCUAAUCUGCUCCCUUUUAACCAUCGUCAAGUAGCAUUUGAAAACAAUGGAACACUUAAGCUCUCAGAUGUGCAGAAGGAGGUGGAUGAGGGAGAAUACACAUGCAAUGUUCUGGUUCAGCCCCAACUGUCAACUAGCCAGAGUGUACACGUGACAGUAAAAGUGCCACCUUUUAUCCAGCCCUUUGAAUUUCCGAGGUUCUCUAUUGGCCAGCGAGUCUUCAUUCCAUGCGUUGUGGUCUCAGGGGACUUGCCUAUUACAAUCACCUGGCAGAAGGAUGGUAGGCCAAUCCCAGCCAGUCUUGGGGUGACCAUUGACAACAUUGACUUCACCAGCUCCUUAAGGAUUUCUAAUCUUUCCCUUAUGCACAAUGGAAACUAUACCUGUAUAGCAAGAAAUGAUGCAGCAGCUGUGGAGCACCAAAGCCAAUUAAUUGUUAGAGUUCCCCCCAGAUUUGUGGUUCAGCCAAUUGAUCAAGAUGGGAUUUAUGGAAAAGCUGUGAUCCUCAACUGCUCUGCAGAAGGCUAUCCUGUUCCUACCAUUGUCUGGAAGUACUCCAAAGGUGCUGGAGUUCCCCAGUUCCAACCAAUUGCCUUGAAUGGGCGUAUCCAGCUUCUGACAAAUGGCUCCUUGUUGAUCAAGCAUGUUCUGGAAGAAGAUAGUGGAUACUACCUCUGCAAGGUCAGCAAUGAUGUGGGGGCUGACGUCAGCAAGUCCAUGUACCUCACUGUUAAAAUUCCUGCUAUGAUAACCUCCUAUCCAAAUACCACCUUGGCAACACAGGGUCAAAAGAAAGAGAUGAGUUGCACAGCUCAUGGGGAAAAACCCAUCAUAGUCCGCUGGGAGAAAGAAGAUAGGAUAAUUAAUCCCGAAAUGUCCCGCUAUUUUGUUUCUACAAAAGAAGUGGGUGAUGAAGUCAUCUCUACUUUACAGAUUUUGCCAACAGUGCGAGAAGAUUCUGGUUUCUUCUCCUGCCAUGCCAUCAAUUCAUAUGGAGAGGAUCGUGGAAUAAUUCAGCUCACUGUGCAAGAACCUCCAGAUCCUCCAGAAAUAGAAAUUCGAGAAGUGAGAGCACGUAGCAUUGCCCUAAGAUGGACCAUGGGAUUUGAUGGAAAUAGUCCAAUCACAGGCUAUGAUAUAGAAUGCAAAAACAAGUCUGACUCCUGGGAUUCUGUCCAAAGAACCAAAGAUGUUUCUCCACAGCUGAAUCAAGCCACAAUCAUUGACCUACAUGCUUCUUCCACCUACAACAUCCGCAUGUAUGCAAAAAAUCGGAUUGGCAAAAGUGAAGCCAGCAAUGAACUUACUAUCACCACUGAUGAAGCAGCUCCUGAUGGACCACCUCAAGAUGUUCAUCUUGAGCCCAUAUCUUCACAAAGCAUUAGGGUAACCUGGAAGGCGCCAAAGAAGCAUUUGCAAAACGGAGUUAUUCGUGGUUAUCAGAUUGGUUACCGGGAAUACAGCGCAGGAGGCAAUUUCCAGUUCAACAUCAUCAGUAUUGAUACUACAGGAGACAGUGAAAUUUAUACCUUAGAUAACCUUAAAAAAUUCACACAAUAUGGCAUGGUUGUGCAAGCAUGUAAUCGAGCUGGAAUAGGACCAUCUUCUCAAGAAAUUAUCACUACUACUCUUGAGGAUGUUCCUAGUUCCCCUCCGGAGAAUGUCCAAGCUAUUGCUACAUCACCAGAAACCAUCUCUAUCACCUGGUCCACACUGGCCAAGGAUGCCCUCAAUGGAAUUCUACAGGGAUUUAGGGUCAUAUACUGGGCUAAUCUUCUGGAUGGAGAGCUGGGAGAAAUUAAAAAUGUCACUACGGUACAACCAUCAUUAGAGCUUGAUGGUUUGGAAAAAUACACCAACUAUAGCAUCCAGGUGUUGGCAUUUACACGAGCUGGAGAUGGGGUCAGGAGUGAACAGAUUUUCACACGGACAAAGGAGGAUGUUCCAGGUCCUCCUGCUGGAGUUAAAGCAGCUGCAGCAUCAGCUUCUACUGUGUUUGUAUCUUGGCUGCCUCCCAACAAAUUAAAUGGUGUCAUCCGAAAAUAUACUGUAUUCUGCUCUCAUCCAUAUCCCACAGUAAUCAGCGAAUUUGAAGCUUCUCCUGACUCAUUUUCCUACAGAAUCCCUAAUUUGAGCCGGAAUCGACAAUACAGUGUCUGGGUUGUGGCUGUAACAGCUGCAGGAAGGGGCAACAGCAGCGAAAUCAUCACUGUGGAACCAUUAGCUAAAGCUCCAGCCAGAAUUUUGACAUUCAGUGGCACAGUAACAACCCCAUGGAUGAAGGAUAUUAUUCUCCCUUGUAAAGCUGUUGGAGAUCCUGUACCUACCGUUAAAUGGAUGAAAGAAAGUAACGGGACACCCAGUCUAGUGAUGAUUGAUGGGCGAAGAAGCAUCUUUAGCAAUGGCAGUUUUGUUAUCCAUACUGUGAAAGCAGAAGAUUCAGGAUAUUACAGUUGUGUGGCUACUAAUAACUGGGGAUCAGAUGAAAUUAUUUUGAAUUUGCAAGUUCAAGUUCCACCUGACCAGCCUAGACUUACUGUAUCCAAAACCACCUCUUCCUCCAUCACUCUUUCCUGGAUACCUGGAGACAAUGGAGGCAGCUCUAUUCGAGGUUAUAUACUGCAAUACUCUGAAGACAACAGUGAACAGUGGGGUAGUUUUCCUAUUAGCCCUAGUGAACGUUCCUAUCGAUUGGAAACGCUGAAGUGUGGCACGUGGUACAAGUUUACUCUGACAGCUCAGAAUGGAGUGGGACCAGGCCGUAUCAGUGAGAUCAUAGAGGCCAAAACACUUGGGAAAGAGCCACAGUUUUCAAAAGAACAAGAACUCUUUGCCAGUAUUAACACCACUCGAGUAAGAUUGAACCUUAUUGGCUGGAAUGAUGGUGGUUGCCCAAUCACCUCCUUUAUUCUGGAAUACAGGCCAUUUGGGACAACAGUGUGGACUACUGCACAACGAACAUCACUUACCAAAUCAUAUAUAGUAUAUGAUCUUCAGGAGGCAACCUGGUAUGAGCUGCAGAUGAGAGUCUGUAACAGUGCUGGCUGUGCUGAAAAACAGGCAAAAUUUGCAACACUCAACUACGAUGGGAGUACAAUCCCUCCACUCAUUAAAUCAGUUGUCCAAAGUGAGGAAGGUCUGGCAACCAAUGAAGGGCUAAAGAUGCUGGUGACUAUUUCCUGUAUCUUGGUUGGGGUCUUGCUGCUUUUUGUGCUUCUGCUGGUUGUAAGAAGGAGACGGAGGGAACAGAGACUGAAAAGGCUCAGAGAUGCAAAAAGUUUGGCUGAAAUGCUUAUGAGCAAGAACACAAGGACAUCGGAUACACUUAACAAGCAACAACAGACACUCAGGAUGCAUAUAGAUAUUCCCAGAGCUCAGCUUCUCAUUGAAGAGAGAGAUACAAUGGAAACCAUUGAUGACAGAUCUACAGUCUUGCUAACUGAUGCUGAUUUUGGAGAGACAUCAAAACAGAAAUCAUUGACAGUUACUCAUACAGUACAUUAUCAGUCAGUCUCACAAGCCACUGGGCCGCUGGUGGAUGUUUCUGAUGCCAGACCAGGAACAAAUCCUACAACAAGAAGGAAUGCAAAAGCUGGGCCUACAGCCCGGAACAGAUAUGCUAGCCAAUGGACUCUCAAUAGACCCCAUCCUACAAUAUCAGCCCACACUUUAACAACAGACUGGAGGCUGCCAACUCCCAGGGCCACAGGGUCUGUUGAUAAAGAAAGCGACAGCUACAGUGUUAGUCCAUCGCAAGAUACAGAUCGAGCAAGAAGCAGCAUGGUCUCCACAGAAAGUGCCUCCUCCACAUAUGAAGAGCUAGCCAGAGCAUAUGAACAUGCCAAGAUGGAAGAGCAGCUGCGACAUGCAAAGUUUACCAUCACAGAAUGCUUCAUAUCAGACACCUCAUCAGAGCAGCUUACGGCAGGGACUAAUGAAUAUACAGACAGCCUGACCUCAAGCACCCCAUCCGAAUCAGGGAUUUGCAGAUUCACUGCAUCUCCUCCCAAACCUCAGGACGGAGGACGCGUGACAAACAUGGCUGUUCCAAAGGCACAUCGGCCAGGUGACCUCAUGCAUUUGCCACCGUAUCUUCGGAUGGACUUUUUGUUAAACCGAGGCGUUCCGGGCACUAGCAGAGACUUGGGACAGACCUGCCUGGAACCCCAAAAAAGCCGAACCUUGAAGCGCCCAGCCGUCUUGGAGCCAGUCCCUGUGGAGGCUUCCUCCACGAGAGAAGCACAGUCAUGGCAAUCUGGUGGCGUAGCAACAUUACCUCAGCGAGAAGGAGCUGAGCUAGGACAGGCAGCAAAAAUGAGCAGCUCCCAAGAAUCCCUCCUGGACUCUCGGAGCCACUUAAAAGGAAACAAUCCCUACGCAAAAUCUUAUACCCUUGUAUAACGAAAAGAGAGCAUGGCUGGACAGUGGCUGUACAUACUUAAUAAUUAUUUAAAAAUCCAAUCAAAGCUACCUUUUUUAUUGAAUACCAAUAUUUAUAAUUAAAGAAGAAGAUUGCCAAAAUAUUUGGGACAAAAAUGCAACUGACAGACAGUGCAAAGACUCUCCUGCUUUUUUUCUGUCUGAGUGUGAGCUUCAUCUGAAUGAACCUCCUCAAUUUUUUAAGAAAAGGGAGUCCACUUUUUCUGAUAUUCACAAGCUUUUGUGUUUUUACUGGUUUUCUACAAAGUGCAUGGGGACUAAAUAAAAUAUUUUAAACUGGGAGUUCCAUCACACACAAUUAAGAAAGAAAACAAUUUUAAAAAAAGGAAAGCACUCUAUUUGUGAAUUUAACAGGGAUAUUUAUUUUAAAAAAGGCAAAAAAAGUCUUUUGUCAUGUUUUGCACAUUUUUUUUAAACUAGCAAAUGGGUCGUUGAUCAAUUCUUUUUUCACUGUUAAUUAGAAUGAGUGCUGUGUGUCAGUGAAGUGGGGAAGGGAAGGGGCAUCAAUUUGAUUUGGCAUCUCUUUUCUUUUUAUAUUAAUUUAAUGAGACACUCUUUGCAUUUUGUCUAUGCGAAAUAAAAGGGUCUUCUGCCUUUAUCUGUG